AUGACUCGCGCUUGCAGCUUGAAGCUGGACAAAGCUCCUACUUUGAUUCUCGCGCAAGAAUAUCCACUGCAGUUGAGCGCAAGCCGCGAAGCACAUGCACCCGCCCUAGCCGGCUCUGCAUCAUUUAGCAUUAUUUCAUAUGCGUUGAAUAAAGCGAGCGAACCGCGAUUUGAACACAAAUGUCGAGAAGAGAAAGGGACUCAGACAAGGAUAUCUACCGGCACGAAUGCAUUGCCCACUGACAACGAAACAAUACCAAGCAAUGCACCCGUAGAAGUCAGGUGUCCUACGAUGUUCCAAGGAUUCGCCCAAAACGCUGUGAUCAGCACCGCAGUCGCUGACGCUCGAUACAUAGCGCACAAAUCUCUGCGUGCCGUCGGCGUAGGCAUGGAGGGACGCGCAUACGCUGCGAUGUUCAAGUCUCAUACAACCGACCAUGUAGUCGUCAACACGUUCGCUCAGGCAGCAUCGUUCCCACUUUACAUGGGACGGCAGUUUCUAAUAGCUUGCAUCAACACACCUGAGGAUGGAGAACAGUACCAUGAUAUCGUUCCAAAUCUCUACCAAGCUGUCCAACAUAACCCUACAGUUUUCAAUCGUAAUCCACGGCCAACUAUUUUUGUUGGGACAAAGGUUUUUCUCCGUCCAUCUGAAGGAACACUGCCUAGGGCAAACCUGUGUCCUGACAUUAGUGCCCAUGCUUUUACCGAAAAUGCAGAGGGCAGGUCAUUCCCGAUCACAAUGGCUAAUAUCUUGUUCGCUGCGGCUACGUCGCUGUACGCAAAUACUGGACUCGAGCGACGUCCUGGAAGACUCAUCGAACUUUGUAACGCCGCGCUCCCUAAAUCGGCUGACGCUUCUGCCACAGACUUUGCCAAUUACUAUUGCUUCGCGAUCUGUACGUACUUAUAUGUACUAAUUUCGGUUGAUGGAACUAGUAGCUAA